AUGCUCCGGCUCCUCCCUACUCUGGUGCUCCUUGGAGCGCUGGCCACCUCAGCGCUGGCCACCUCGGCAGGGACCUCCAAGACGUGUCCAUCCUGCUCUGUUCUGGGACAAUGCAGAGAGAUCACUUGUCCUUCCACCCAGGACUCCUGCUUGUUCAGCCAGAUGCAGCUGGAGAAUGGGAUGCUCAUCAAGAACGGGUCAUGCGUGGCCCCUGAAAAAUGCCAAGGACGCAACUACGCCCUGACCUACACCCCCCACUUCAGUCUCUGGGUCAGCACAAGCUGUUGUGACAACAACUGCAGCCAGGUUGCACAGCCAGAGCAAAGGCCGGACACCCAGCCCAACGGGGUGAAGUGUCCCUACUGCUCCGGGAAGGACCUGGACUUGUGCGACACCCUCUCGGUCAUGAACUGCACUGGGUCCCAGAAAGUCUGUGUCACCCUCGCAGGGACAUGGGACGGAGCGGGUCCACAAAUCCUGAGGGGCUGUGCUACGCCAGAGGUAUGCGACCUGCAAGUGAACACCACCCUGGGCCCAGAAGCAUCUGGAUUUUAUCUCACAAGCCCACCUGAAUGCAACAACGAGGCUCCUCCUCCCACCACACGAGGUCCCCAUGCAACUCUGACCCACGCCAAGGCUAAGGUCACCACUUGCUUCACCUGCUCCAACAGCUCCCACUGUGAGACUUUCUCCUGCCCAGCAGAUAAGAACUACUGCCUUCAGACAGAGGGCUUCCUGGCCCUAGCGGAAGGCAACCACAUGGCUUGGAGAAAUGGCUCCUGUGUGGCCUCCAAGGACUGCAAGUCUGACAGCCUCAUCUCUGCCCUGACCUACAGCAACAGCUUUGGCUUCUGGAUCAACACCACCUGUUGCCACGGCGACUGCCAGAAGCCCACUCUUCUCGCAGCUCUGCCGGUCUCCCGCACCCUCAGCAAGUUCCUGUGUCCUACGUGUGCUGACAGCUACCUGGGGCUCUGCAACUCCUCCUUGUACAUGCAGUGUCCCCUCGGGGAGACCGAGUGCAUCCAGCUGGACGUGGCAUCUGAACAAGACUCAGCAGGCCUCGGGAACAUAAGAGUGCGUGGCUGCGGAUCCCGUGACCUGUGCGGCACCCAGACUGGGACAGAGGGGCUCUGGGCUCUCUUCGGCCACCGGCUGACCGGCCAUUUCAAGUGCAACUCCACCCUGCGCAUCGUUAUCAACUCGGGAGCAGCACCAGGCCUCCACUUCGCCCUGCCUGUGCUGGUGGCCGCGCUGCUCACCGUGGCACUCUCGUGAGCAGUCCCGCCUGGCCCCGCUGGCCUCCUGGGAGCUCCCCCACCCCCUGGUUCUGCUCAUGGCUACAUGGCACCCUGGCUCCCCUCUGCUGGGACAUUUCCAGGGGCCUGAAAGGUUCUGGCAAGAGAGUCAAGAAGGGGUGAGCCUCCACCCUCAGACUAGGGCUCCCCCACGUGGGACUGUCCUCGCACCAGGGCCCCCAAGGCUAUACCCCCUCCCUAACACUAGAGCUUCCCCGAGGCCACACCUCCUCCCUCAGACUGGGCUGUUUCUCCUCCCCAGACGAGAGAUGCCUCCAUAAUUACACAUUCUCCUCCACACCCGGGCCCUCCAAGCCUAGACCUCCUUCUGUCAAGCAGGGUGUCCCCAACGCCAGGCUGCGGCCGUGGACUAGGGCUGUGUCUUUUCUCCUGAACAUUGGGAAACAACUCCUCCUCCUCCUGUCUCCCUCUUCAGGGUUUAGCCAAGCCCUGGGCAGCCAAGGUAGGGCUUGAGGACCAAACUCGCCCCCCCCCCCCCAGGCUUCUCAGCCAUCCCUCCCCCACCCCACCGCCCCCCUUCUGUGUCGGCUCAGUGUCCACUGUCACCAAGUUUGAAAGAAUCGCAUCACACAAGCUGAGUGGUUUGGGUUUCUUUUCGUGGGGGUUGCAGCCUCAAACAGGGCCCUGAGGUGGUCUGCUCUCUCCUCUGGGGACCUGGGGGGACCUGUAGGUGACAAUGUCUGGGAGCCAGGGUGGGCACAAGAGCUAAUGUUCAGUCUGGCGUGAGUGUCACCUUAGAGUCUGCAUGGACCUGGAGGACCGAGCCAAGAGGUGAAAGUGGGGAGCUCACAGGAGGCAGAAGGCUGGGAACCACUCAGCUGCAAGCGACAGACAGUCCGACUAAGAGAACUGAAACAAUUCACUCAGCACGCAUUUGACAGAUGUUUAUGGAUCACGCUAAUCAAUCGAGCACAGUUCUAGACACCAGGGGUACGUUGUAAAAAACGCUCUGCUCUCAGGAAGUUACGUUACCGUGCGGGAGAGAGAUAAUAAACAUCACAUUUACUAGAUGGUGGUAAGUGCUGUGAAAAACCAGUG